AUGGUUCUGCCUGUCAAUUCCAUGUCAGAUUCAUUAGAUGAUACUAGUGAAGGUGUUGGAUUGGGUUGCUGUUUAGUAUUGUUUACAGAAUGGAAACAAGUCCUUGACUUUAUUGAUGAACUACCUGAAAUCUAUACAAAUGAGAGUAAAAGUGAAAAUUCAUAUGAAAAAUUCAAGUAUAUACUUACACAAUACACAGAACAACCUCAUUUAAUUGAUCCAUAUUUGUGUGAAAUACUGGGAAAAAUUUUAUCUAUUGUCCGUGAUACCUUAAAACCAUCACUACUAAAGCAUAAGGCAUUUCGUUAUUUGUUCUUAGUGGUCAGUGUUAGAGGUUAUAAAGUUGUUUUGCAAAAUUUACCACAUGAGGUUUCCGAUUUGGAAAAAGUUUUAAAAAUGUUAGAGGAACAAAAUGAAUCUGAUCAUGACUCUUGGGAAACUCGUUAUUGUCUUUUGUUAUGGCUAUCUAUUAUUGUUAUUAUACCAUUUGAUAUGCGGAAACUAGAUGGAACUAUUCAUAUAGAGUGUAAAACUACCUUACAAAGAUUAGUUGAUGUGGUCAUGACAUAUUUAAGUUCUGGUGAUGCUUGUAGAGAUAUGGCUACAGUUUUAGCAACCCGUUUGUUUACCCGAUCAGAUGUUAAGGAAUCCCACCUUCCAAUUUUUCUGGAUUGGGUUAAACUGAAAAUAUCAGAUGAAAAAGCAACUCGAUGGGAGAGGCUUGGUGCAAUGAGCAGCAUUGCUGCCAUUUUUAAAGCUGCCAGACGAGAAGAUGCUCAAAACUUUGUAGAAGAUAUUUUUGAAUGUCUAAAACUGUCAAAAUGUAAAAGUGAUACUUUGAGAUUGACUCGGAAAUAUUAUAUGAAAAUUGUACAAAGAGCUGGUUUGACAUUACUAAAAGUACGAAUCGCAGCAUGGCGUUACGAUCGUGGAACUAGGUCAUUAGAACAGAAUUUAUUAAGUACCGAACCUCAUCAAAUUGAAACCAAAUGUGUUCAAAUUGCUGAGGAAGAUGAUGAUGAAAUUUCUUCACUCUUGGAAGACAUUAUACAAGAAUUAAUAGAAGGAUUAAAAGAUACUGAUAUUAUUGUCAGAUAUUCGGCUGCUAAAGGAGUAGGUCGAAUAACUGGCCGUUUAUCAAAGACAUAUGGUAAUGAAGUAGUGAAUGCUGUGUUAAGUAUGUUGAGUCCUGAAGAAAAUGAUAAUGCAUGGCAUGGAGGAUGUUUAGCACUUGCUGAAUUGGGUCGUCGUGGUUUACUUCUCAGUGAAAAUUUACCUCUUGUUGUACCUGCUGUAAUAAAAGCUUUGGUGUAUGAUGAACCUAAGGGUUAUACAUCGGUUGGAUCACAUAUUAGAGAUGCAGCUUGUUAUGUUUGUUGGUCUUUUGCAAGAGCAUUUAGUACUGAUGACAUUCAGCCAUAUGUCGAAGAAAUUGCUGGUGCAUUAUUAGCAGUUGCUUGUUAUGACAGAGAGUUGACAUGCCGUAGAGCCGCUUCAGCAGCAUUUCAAGAGAAUGUUGGUCGUCAAGGUAAAUUUCCACAUGGAAUUGACAUUGUGACAGCAGCUGAUUAUUUUUCAGUUGGUAUGCGUAAUAAUGCAUAUUUAGAAGUGAGCAUUUUUAUAGCACAAUAUAAAGAGUAUGAUAAACUUCUGAUCAGACAUCUGUUAGAAAAGAAAGUAGUGCAUUGGGACACAUCAAUACGUGAAUUGGCUGCAAUGGCUUUGGGAAGACUUGUAGAAUUAAAACCAUCAAAAGCUAAAGAAUCAAUAUUCCCAGAGUUACUAUUAUUAACGGAAACAUCAAACAUUAACAAACGACACGGAGGUGUUAUGGCUAUUGGAGAAGUAUUACAUGGAAUAUCUAAGACUCUUGAUCCUAACGUCGAGUUAGGAGAAGAACUGUUAGAGAAAAUAAUUAAUCUUGUUCUCAAUUUGAAAAAUCAUGGAAAAUUAAAAGGCAUCAGUAGUGAAUUAGUAAAAAUGGCAUGUUGUCACCUUAUUAAACUCAUAUCAACAAGUAACAUAAUUGUUAAAGACAAACAAAUUAUAGAUGAAUGGAGAUUAUUGUUGGAGGAUUGCUUGUCAAAUGAAAUGUUAGAUUUACGAAACAAAGCUGCACAAGCCAUUUGCCCUUUAUUUGAAAAAUAUUAUAUCCCCGAUUCAUCUGAUACUGGCACUAUAAUAAAUACAUAUGUACAAAAACUGUCUUCAAAUCACAUGAUGGAACGUAUUGGUUUUAGCCUAGCAUUGGGAUCAUUACCUUCUUCAUUUAUGAAUGCUUAUAUUGUAUUGAUACUAAAAGGUCUCAUAGACUGUACCAAAAUAACUCGACUAACAAUCAAGUGGGCUGAAUCUCGAAAAGAUGCUGUAAUUGCUAUAACAAAAAUUUGGACCAAACUGAUUUCUACACCUUGCUACGUGGAUAAUUGUAUAGAACAUUCAAAUGCAGUAUUACGUUGUUUAUUAGACUGUGCUUUAGAAUAUACUAUGGAUCAUCGAGGUGAUGUUGGUGUUUGGGUAAGAGAAGCCGCCAUCAAUAGUUUAGAGGUAGUUGUAUUGGAUUUAACUGAUAUUCAGCCAAACAUACUAGAUGAAAAUACAAUCAAACAAAUUAUGUGUGCUCUAGUAAGACAAGGUGUUGAUCGAAUAGAUAAAAUUCGAGGACUUUCAUGUAUGGUCAUAACAAAUUUGCUGCACAGGAAAAAAAAUAUUGUUCCAAAUAUUGCCCAUCGAAACGAACUUGAAAGAUUGUUUAGAAAAAAAGAUUCAUUUAACUGGUUCACAGAAUCUGACUCAUUUUCUGUAAUGGUGAAAUUUCUAAGUAUGCCUGAAUACAAGUACCCUGUGUUGGUUGGUCUAUUAGUUUGUAUUGGUGGUGUUUCAGAAAGCCUAGUAAAAGAAGCUUGUCACAAUUUCACUAAGCACAUGAAAUCUGUUCCUGAUGACGAAUUUGAAAAUUUGUGCACUGACAUUAUUGCUGUAUGGGGUGGUAAAGUAGCUGAAGUUGAUGCUGAUGAACGAAUUCAUCAGUGUAUAUUGAUGUCUAUUGAACGACUAGCUACAGCUGGUGCUUUUAAGGAUCAAUUUGAACGUACUGAGUCAGAAUUUGCCGCUAAUAUACUAACACUUGUAAAAAAAGAAGCUGUUUCUUCUAAAGGAGGUUCAACUAAAUUAACGUCAUGUGUUGAAUUACUUUGUCAUAUAAUACAAGUUCCUGGACAAGUUGGAAUACGCUCAAUGACCCAACUAUCAAUAUUUUUAGCACAUAGAUUUGCAUGGUUACGAAAAGUGGUAGCAGCUCGGCUAGUAGAGGUCUUAAUUGUGUAUUCGGAUAGGUUCGGUGUAUCAGAUGAAAAUAUAAACAAAGUUGUUGAAUUACUUGAAGAAUUUGAUUGGCAAGAAUCUAGUGUAGAAAAAGUAAGAGCAGAGCGAAACAAAAUUUGUGGUCUUCUCAAUGUACCCAUUCCAAAAGUUGUUGUAAAAACUAAUAAUUUGCACUGA